AUGGCAGGCCUGGGGCAGCAGGCCCUGAGGUCUGUGCUGCAGGCAGGCUCCCUUCGGGACGUCCCCAGGCACUUCCAGUCCGGCCCCUACGCGGCCACUGGGAACGAGCCUCCGGGCGCCCAGGGAACCCCCGCUGCCGCGCCUCACCUGCACCCCGCACCGCCCCGCGGCCCGCGGCUGACCCGCUUUCCGGCCUGCGGGCCCCUGGAGCCCUACCUCCCAGAGCCGGCCAAGCCGCCCGCCAAGUACCUGCAGGACCUCGGUCCCGCCCCGGCGCUCAACGGCGGCCACUUCUACGAGGGCCCCGAGGAAGCUGAGGAGAAGGCCUCCAAAGCUGCCAGCUUCCCCCAGCUGCCCUUGGACUGCCAAGGGGGCCCCAGAGACGGGCCCUCUAACUUACAAGGCUCCCCAGGACCUUGCCUGGCCAGGCUGCGUGUCCCCCUGUCCCCGGGACUCCCCGAUUCCAUGGAGUUGGUCAAGAACAAGAGCAAGAAGCGCCGUAACCGCACGACCUUCAGCACAUUCCAGCUGGAGGAGCUGGAGAAAGUCUUUCAGAAAACCCACUACCCUGACGUGUAUGCCCGGGAGCAGCUGGCUCUGCGCACGGACCUAACCGAGGCCCGGGUACAGGUCUGGUUCCAGAACCGCAGGGCCAAGUGGCGGAAGCGGGAGCGUUAUGGGAAGAUCCAGGAGGGGCGGAACCCCUUCACGUCUGCCUAUGACAUCUCUGUGCUGCCCCGAACAGACAGCCACCCCCAGCUGCAGAACUCCCUGUGGCCCAGUCCAGGGUCCGGGAGCCCCGCCAGCCCCUGCCUUGUGUCUCCAGAGGGCAUCCCCUCCCCGUGCAUGUCUCCAUACUCCCAUCCGCAUGGGAAUGUGGCUGGCUUCAUGGGGGUUCCAGCCUCCCCCGGAGCCCACCCCGGCAUCUACUCCAUCCACAGCUUUUCCCCUGCCCUGGGGGGCCACAGCUUCGAACCCUCCCCGGACGGCAACUAUAAGUCUCCAACCCCGGAAGGCAGGAGAAAAGCAGCCGUGGCCCUCCCACCCUCCCAGCAGAUACCAUCACGUUACGCAGAGGAGCUCAGCCUCGGCUAG